GAGGCAUAGACAAUGUUGCAAACGAAGGAACCGAAUUGACUGAAGAAGAUAUUGCUUUCCAACUUCAAUUUAUGGAAGAGCAAGAGCGACAAGAGCUUUUAUCUACAGCGGGUAGCGGUGAUUCAGGUGAUAAUGAUAAUUCUGCCGCGCACGAAAUAGGUGAUGAGGACUCUCAAACACAAUUUAAAGACAAAGACAAAGAAGUGGAACUUUCACCCGAAGAACGUAUGCUAAUGUUCAAAGCUCUUUUGAGGGAAAUGGAUGUGUCACCAUUUGCAAUUUGGGAAAAAGAAUUGCCAAGGAUUAUACAUGAUCCAAGAUAUACAU